AUGCGAUUUGCCAACGAUCGACAAGAUAUGCUAGUCGCUUCACCCUUGUUGCCACUGCAUGCGUGCCUUGCACCGCCAGUGCCAUUUCCUGUGUCUGCUGCUUUUGCUGCUGCUGCAGUUGCUCUUGUUGCGGCUGAGAGUGCUGCUGUCGCUGUUGCGGCUGCUGCUGUCAAACUGGUAUUGAAUGAAAGCUGCUACUUCAUCGAGUCUGCCAGCAAGAAAGAACUGGAUUACCUCCUUUCGAACCCCCGCAUCCGCAGCGCAUCCUUGCUGCCGCAGCAGCAGCAACAGCAGCAGCAGCAAGUUAUGCGCCUAGUGCAGCAGCAGCAGCAGCAAGCGGCAGUCCCCGGCAGCGAGCAGCAGCAACAGCAGCAGCAGCAACAGCAGCAGCAACAACAGCAGCAGCAAGAAAAUGUUUACUUGACCAGCAGUGCUCCAACACUAGACGCUUCUCAGCUGGCCUUUGUGCCUUCGGAGCUGGAUACUGCAGUCUUAGCUGCUGCCUCCAGACACCCCUCAAUUAACGACAGGAACGCUGUUGGCUCCGACAUAGAAGGAGACACGCUCACUGCUGCUUCUGCCGAUUGUGCUGACGAGGCGGACCAGCUGCAGCUGCAGCAGAUCGGGCAGCAGCAGCUGAGUGCUGACUCCGCAGCGUCUGAGAGACACGUGUGUGCAGCUCUAAAUAUGCACUCAGACAUGCCCCUCAACACACGCUUGCGUCUCGACUCCAAGGCUUCGACCAAAUCGUAG